AUGCCGCUCCUCGACCCGCGCGAGGUGCUGCUGCGCCGCGGCAUCCCCAUCCCCGCCGCCUCAUCCUUCCACGUGCCCGGGCUGCCCGACCUCCAUGGCGAAGGAUCUUCAUCGUCGGCGGUGGGUCACCCGCUCCAGAUGUCCGCCGGCUACCUGCCUGCACGCACCGAAGGCGCAAACGGUCGACCCAAGGACAAUGCGCACCUCUUCUUCCUGCUGCUCCGAGCACGUCACGUCCCCGCCAAGCGCAAACUCAUCGUCUGGUUCAACGGCGGGCCCGGCUGCUCCUCCUUCGACGGCGCCAUGAUGGAGGUCGGUGCUUGGAGGAUGGACGGCAAGGGUGGCCUUGUGUGGGUCAAGGACGGCGCAAGCUGGAACGAGUAUGCCGACAUCCUCUUCCUCGACCAGCCCGUCGGCACCGGUUUCAGCUACGUCAACACAAACGGCUAUGCCAACUCCUUGCCUCAGGCGGCCGACGAGGUGCUCCACUUCUUGCAGCAAUUCGUCCAGGUCUUCCCCGAGUACUCGCGCGACGUCGAGCUCAAGUUCGGCAGCCAAGGUAGCGGCGUCGACGUCUACCUCGCCGGCGAGAGCUUUGCCGGCCAAUACAUCCCCUACACCGCAAAAGCGAUCAUCAAGGCCCACAAUCCACCCGUCACACUCAAGGGUAUCGCCAUCGGCAACGGCUUCAUCGAUCCCAAGAACCAGUACGGCACCGAACUCGAAACCAUGAUCGACAAGAAGAUCUGGUCCACCUCUUCGGACGACUACAAGCGCGUCUCGAACAUCGUCGACCGCUGCCACAAGGAGCUCGCCAGGCUCACGACCAGCUCGGGCAGCCCGCGCGAGAUUGGCACCUGCGACGAGAUCCUCCAGACCAUCGUAGCCGCCACCACCGCCAAACCGCCCGGCUCGUCCGCCUUUACGUGCAUCAACAUCUACGACGUGCGUCUCAGCGACACCUCGCCCGCGUGCGGCAUGAACUGGCCCAACACGCUCUCGGCCAUGUACGACUACCUCCGACGCCCCGACGUGCGCAAGGCGCUGCAUGUCGACGACGACCACAAGCCCGAGGCGUGGGUCGAGUGCAACGCCAACGUCGGCUCGGCCAUGCGCAGCGACGUCACCUCGCCCGCCUCGGUGUCGCUGCUGCCCGAGCUGCUCGAGAGCGGAGUGCGCGUGCUGCUCUUCGCGGGCGAGGAGGACCUGAUCUGCAACGCCAUUGGCGUGCGACGCACCGCCGAGAACCUCGAGUGGGGCGGCAGCAAGGGGUUCGGCGAGCAUCCGGCGCAAGAUUGGUACGUCAACGGCAGUCUGGCGGGCACGUGGCGCACGGCGCGCAACCUCACCUACGUCGGCAUCAGCGGCGCCAGCCAUAUGGUCGGGGUGGACAAGCCGAUCGAGAGCCACGACAUGAUGGUGCGCUUCAUGGGCAUCGACUACAUGAAGGUGGCCGGUCCCAAUGCCAUGAUCCCCUCGCGCGUCGGCGAUGAGCCUGACCGCAUCCUCGUCACGGGCGGAGGUGGAGGCGUGGCGCAGAUCGGCAAGGACGGCUCGCCCGUCAUCCCGGGCUCGGGCAAGACCGAGGCCGAGGUGGCAGAGGAGGCGCGCUGGCGAGCGUACUACGAUGCUGGCUCGUUGGCGUUGGUAGUUCUGCUGAUUGCAGUGUCGGUGGGAACGUGGCUGUUGCUGCGCGCGCGCAAGCGACGUCGCAUGGACACCAAUCGUAUCGGUCGAGGCGGUGCACUGAGGCUCGCCACCACCACCGAAUUUGGCGCGUCGCAGGCGGCGACGGGUGGCGAGAGCGGAGAUAAUCACGAGCUGGAGCGGCUGGUCAGCAAGAGGUCGCCCGACGAGGAGGAUGCGAUCUUUGAUGUGGGUGACGACGAGCUGAGCGACAGCAAUAGCGACGGACACUCGCAUAAGCCACAGCGUUGA